CCCGAUGGUCAGCCAGUAAAAUGAACGGGGACUUGGCAUGGGCUACAUUUCUCCUCUGAGCGGCGUUUCUACACAAAGAUUGCGUUAGAGAAGAACCUUCCUUUGGGCGGUUGUGACCUGCAGCUACUCCACGAAGUCAGGUCUCCAGUAGGGAGAAGUACCAUCUGUCAGUGGUGGCAACAAUCGGAGUGAUCUGCAGCUAAACUAGACUAAGGGCAUGCUGAACUUGCAACAUGCUGGCUUAUUUGACUUGAACAGCUUGAGGAAGAGUUAAAAGGCGGCUGUGCUUCGGUGAGAGCUUGAACCCACAGCUGGCGAAGACAUGGGGAACACUGCGACCAAGUUCCGUAAGGCUCUCAUCAACGGGGACGAGCUGCUAGCCUGCCAGCUCUACGAGAGCAACCCACAGUUCAAGGAGGCUCUGGAUCCCAACGCCACAUACGGAGAGUCCUACCAGCACAACACUCCACUGCACUACGCUGCCCGGCACGCCAUGAUGUGCCUACUCAGGUCGUUUCUCAUAGACAAAGAUGGCAAUCCUAACAAGCGCAACGUGCACAAUGAGACAUCUCUGCACCUCCUUUGCAUGGGGCCUCAGAUCCUGACCUCAGAGGGUGCGCUGCAGCCACGGAUCUCGCGGCCCUACGAGGACGAACAACGUCGGACGGAAUGCCUCCGGAUCAUCUUGUCUUGGACCGGGGCGAAGCUGGACCAUGGAGAGUAUGAGAGCGCUGAAAUCAAUGCCACUGACAACAAGAAAAACACCUGCCUGCACUAUGCAGCCGCCUCAGGCAUGAGGACCUCAGUUGAGUUACUGCUGCAGAGAGGAGCAGACCUGUUUGUGGAGAACGAAAACCGUGAGACUCCAUGUGACUGUGCCGAGAUGCAGCACCACAAGGAUUUGGCCCUGAGCCUGGAGUCGCAGAUGGUCUUCUCUCUGGCCCCUGAGGCGGAGGGUAUAGAAGCAGAGUAUGCAGCCCUCGAUCGAAGAGAGUUGUAUGAGGGCCUGCGGCCUCAGGACCUGCGGAGGCUGAAGGACAUGCUGAUAGUGGAGACAGCGGACAUGCUGCAAGCCCCUCUCUUCACUGCAGAAGCUUUUCUACGUGCCCAUGACUGGGACCGAGAGAAGCUUCUGGAAGCCUGGAUGAGUAACGCCGAGGAAUGCUGCCAACGAUCAGGGGUGCAGAUGCCCAACCCACCCCCUAGUGGCUACAACACUUGGGACACACUGCCGUCGCCCCGGACACCUCGCACCACCCGCUCCUCCGUCACUUCCCCAGACCAAAUCAGCCUCUUAGCGGUGGAUGACGAUUCCUCUCUGUGUGGUAUCUGCAUGUCUUCCAUCUCCUUCUUUGAGGAACCUGUUGACAUGUCCUGUGGCCAUGAUUUCUGCAGAGCAUGCUGGGAAGGGUUUCUCAAUCUAAAGAUCCAAGAGGGAGAAGCGCACAACAUUUUCUGUCCAGCCUAUGAUUGUUAUCAGCUGGUGCCAGUAGAAGUCAUCGAAAGCGUGGUCUCCAGAGAGAUGGACAGGCGAUACCUGCAGUUUGACAUAAAGGCGUUUGUGGAAAACAAUCCAGUGAUACACUGGUGUCCUGUUGCAGGAUGUGAGAGAGCAGUACGACUAAACGCUCAGGCCCCUGGAACCUCCAACGCAGACCCUCUAAGCUUUCCCCUGCUUCGGGCCCCGGCAGUAGACUGCGGCAAGGGCCACCUCUUCUGCUGGGAAUGUCGAGGAGAGGCACAUGAACCCUGUGACUGUGACACAUGGAAGCUGUGGCUUCAGAAGGUCACUGAAAUGAAACCUGAAGAAUUGGCUGGCGUAAGUGAAGCUUAUGAGGAUGCAGCGAAUUGUUUAUGGUUGCUCUCCAAUUCUAAACCCUGCCCCACCUGCAAGUCUCCAAUACAGAAAAAUGAGGGCUGCAAUCACAUGCAGUGUGCUAAGUGUAAGUACGACUUCUGCUGGAUCUGCCUGGAGGAGUGGAAGAAGCACAGCUCGUCAACCGGCGGCUACUACCGCUGCACCCGUUACGAAGUCAUCCAGCAGGUGGUGGAACAGUCGAAGGAAAUGACAGAGGAGGCAGAGAAGAAGCACAAGAGCUUUCAGGAACUUGAUCGUUUUAUGCACUACUACACACGCUUCAAGAACCAUGAGCACAGCUAUCAGCUCGAGCAGCGCCUGUUAAAAACGGCCAAAGAGAAGAUGGAGCAGCUCAGUCGAGCCCUCAGUGGAAGGGAAGGAGGCCCCCCUGAUACUACGUUCAUCGAAGAUGCGGUCCUAGAGCUGCUGAAGACCCGCCGCAUCCUAAAGUGCUCUUAUCCUUAUGGGUUCUUUCUAGAGCCCAAAAGCACAAAGAAGGAGAUCUACGAGCUUAUGCAGACCGACUUGGAAAUGGUGACUGAGGACUUGGCUCAGAAGGUCAACAGGCCCUACCUGCGAACUCCACGCCACAAGAUCAUCCGAGCUGCAUGUCUUGUACAGCAGAAAAGACAAGAGUUUUUGGCCUCAGUGGCAAGAGGAGUGGCUCCAAAUGACUCUCCUGAAGCCCCCAGACGCAGUUUUGCAGGUGGAACAUGGGACUGGGAAUAUUUAGGCUUUGCAUCACCUGAGGAAUAUGCAGAGUUCCAGUACAGAAGGAGACAUCGGCAGCGAAGACGAGGGGACAUGUCCAGUGUCCGAAGUAACACACCUGACCCUGAUGAUCUCAGCAACUCCACUUUAGAAGCCCAGGAUGUUGGUGGUGGCCGCAGACAAGGUCAUUUGAUGGGUCUGGACUCCCUGGAUGAGGAUGACCCAAACAUUUUGCUGGCCAUCCAGCUCUCUCUCCAAGACUCGAGGAUGACGGAGAUCGGCUCCGAUCAUGACGCCCUCGCCAACGAAGCCUCGCUUGGUGCAAUCGGUACUUCCUUGCCUUCCAGACUUGAGCAGGCCCCUCCGGGCGUCGACGUCCUCCCCAGAGCUUCUCUCAGCAGCUCAGAACUGCUGGAGCGAGCCGAUAACUUGGCCAGGCUGGGCAACAUCAGCAGCCAGUACUCUCCCGGCCCCAGCUUCCCCUACGUGGAGCACUGUGACAUCCGUCUCCGGGCGCAUAAAGCAGCCGCUCUGUUGGGCAGCAACUCCUCCACUGGCCUUUUCUCUUCCUCCACGGACUCGACCACGUGCGGCAGCAAUGACCCGUCGUCGUCGUCAUCUGCCUUGACGACGAAUGCUAAUCUGCUUGGAAACAUCAUGGCUUGGUUUCACGACAUGAAUCCGCAGGGCAUCACCCUGGUCCCACCGACCGACCCCAACGUGGCUCCGCUUCCCGAACGCGGAGAAGGAUGCCUGCAAGGCAACGAGAAAGGCGGCUUCAUCGGCUUCCUGGACGACAGAAAACCUCAGGAGGCGAUGGCAGACGCGGGGUUUUGCACGCAGAGGUCAAGCAACACGGAGGAGAAGGAGAGCGCCGUCGCCGAGAGGCCCACUCAGUUGGAUCUGGUGGGGUUGGACACCAUGCAGCUACCUUACACUGCGGCGCCUGAUGGAAGUGGAGAGCAUGGCGAGCGCUCAAAGGGCUGCCAUGUUGACAGUCCACGCUCUGACUAUGCCUCUGACCAGCUGCCCAGCACCAGCUCCUCUGAGUGGGAGGACCACAUGCACUUGGUUUGAGCCGCCUGGCUGGGAUGAUGAGGAGGUUCACUGAAGUCCAAAAACCACUACAGAUUGGAAAGCAGCUUUGCUGGAGCUGCUGGUGUAGAAUGUACUGCGAAUGAAGAAUUUGUCGGCUAUUCAUUGCUAGGGAGCGUGUAAAGAAGCAUUUACAGUUUAAAUCCAGUGCAGGAACUGUAGGCCAGCAGUGAAACCAGACCACUGAUUAUUUUAUAUUUUAUUUUAUUUUUUUAGUAUCGUGAGCACACACUGCAAUGAACGCACCAAGAUGAUCUGAAACAAAUUAGAAAUUCUGUCUUGAUGAAAAUUAAAUGUUGCUGUUGUAUCCAUACAUCAACAUUUUCUAUAGGAUGCAGAUAGAGAGAUGGUUCUCAUUGCGGUCCAAAUAAUCUUCUUUCUUCGUAGGUGCCAAACACUGACUUAUAAAAGCACAGUUUGCAGUCACCAAGUGGAUUUUUUUAAAGCAAAUUGUGCCUGAUUAUCACAAUCUCAGAAACCCUAAAUGUGAACAUCCUGAGCCAUAUUUUUGUUUGAGCUUGUGGUUCAGUGUUCUUUUCAAAUCCCGCUCACUAAAAGCUUUCGCGUGCUGUGUGAAACUGAAGUAGUAGUGGAUAUUAUGAGAAACUUCCAAGGAGAGAGAGAGAGAAAAAAAAAGGUUAUUUGCUCAACUGAAAAAGCAGGUGGCCUGCUCAAAAAUAUUUCAGAAUGGUCUUGACAAUGGUUAUUCAUCUCAGAGGUUCAGCCUGAAUAGGAAGCGUCCUCAGAGCUUAAAAAUGAGAACCGCUGACAGAUCCAGAGGAGGGAGAGAGG